AUGCAUGCGUGCAACCGGUCAACGGCUUUCCUGCUGACUCAAUUGGAAAAGAACGGCUUGUUGGCUUAUCGACGAUGUCUGCUCCAGGUCGAGCGAGUGGAGGCCAGCCAUCGGGACGAGGUCAACGUUUCCACCAGGUACGAAAGAGAUGAGAGCAGAGUGCGAGAAAUGAAUGGCAAGUACAAGGACAAGCCGGGGUGGAUACGUGUUGGAGAAGACGUCGAACAACGGAGGAGGCGCCGGGAAGAGGGUAAAGAUGCGCGGGCCAAGAGGCGAAAGACAGGGAGUUUGGCUGCUUGGUUGUGA